CUAUUUUUACCCCGAAAAUGGCGGUUAACACAAUUAUUUUGGAAUUUCUGCUUGCCGUCACAUCACCUGACCUCCAUAGAUGGCUACACUCUGUAAUUAUCUCUUAAGAAAUUAUUACAAAAAACCAAACUUUUUAGAAAAAAAAAUAUGGACUAAUUAUGAAUUAUGUGGGAAUGGAUUCCUUUACCAUAUUGGUAAGCAUGGGGAAAUUGUUCUUUACCCCAGGAAAAUUCAUAUUUUGGCCAAAAUGAACAGUUGUUAUCCCUUUAAACUUUGAAGGUACAUGUACCCACUACACCUUCACCUCCCUCAUUGUGUCAUGAGUGAAACCAGGCAAAUUAACAAAUUUUCUACACACUAUUUUCCUGUAAAUUAAAUUUAACCAUUUAUUUAUCAGAUAACAUGUUCCACCAGAAUGUCAUACUCCUCAGAAUUUGAUAGUAUAUCUGAGACUGAUCAGGGAUCACUUGAGGAGCAUUCGGGCAGUGAGUCAACUGUGAAGGAGAGUCCUAGUACAAGUAUCUCCCUGCCUAGUGGUGAUGGUACCCUGUCCACUGAGGAAUCCAUUCAGACUGUGAUAGAAACUCCUGUUACUCCUCACCAAACUAGACAGUCAGUUGCCAGUAGACCAUAUGGGACACCUUUCACAGAUUCACCCGCUGCCAAUUACCAGGAUGAAACUUUUGAAACUCUCUCUCCCACCUACAGCAGUGGAAAGUAUACCAGCUCGUUUGAGUCGCCUGGGGCUGGUUUUCAGACUCCUGAUGUCCUGGAUCUAUCUGGCAAAGAAGCCAGACAAGACUUUUUAGUGAGAAAAUUGGAACUCCUUCAGAUGAAACCCAGAAAAGACAAAGGCAGUUCGUCUAAGCAGAAAGAUGUGGGAUUAGGCAGGUCGGGAAGGUCCUUUAUAAACAAGAAAGUGAAGCUUCUAAAACAGUAUACAAAAGAAGGACAGACAAAAGCAGGACAGACACCUGGUACUUGUGCUACUUCAGAAAAGUUGGAAUUCAGAGAUGAGAAUCCAGGAGCAGCUGGUGACAUAACAGUUCCAUUUGGUUCUGCCUUGCAGAGACUGAAGAUGGACAAUUUUAUGCAUGAUUUGAAGCAGGCUUCCUCAGCUGAAAUUCAUGAUGUUAACACAUGUCAGGCAUGUCUGAAACAUAAUGAAGAAGCUUCGAGGAUCGAAUUUUUAAAACAAAAACUGUCCAUUGUUCACAAUAAAGCAGUACAAGAAAAACUAGAGGAGCAUUUGUAUUUGAGGGAUCCUCUGACCCUGAUAGGCAAUAUUAUGAAAGACCUUCCCACAUUACAAGAUAACCCAGAAGAUAUAUGGGCCAGACUUAACGAGCCAUUUGCAGAGCAGAAGGAAAACACCUGAAGACUUUAUCCAGUCUAGUUACAGCUUCUUGGCAUAAUCAUUACUGUCUUUAUAUGAUACUGAUAUUAUUUAUGUUUUGGUUAUCCACUGUGAAGGCAGAAGAAAAACGUUUUCAAUCUUACUUUUUUGUAAGGUGCCAGUGCUUACAGGUUGUGAUCCUCAAGUUACCUCUUCAUCCAAUGAACACGAAAAUUACUCUCGGCUGUGGCAUUUU